CUAUUAUAAAAGUGAUUAAGGAUAAGAUUAAGGAUAAUAGUUUCACACCAACAAAGAGACUUAACUACCUUCAAAAACUUGGUAGUUAGACAUUGGAAAAUUAGGAAAGCCUACAUUUAGAAAAGAAGCCAUAACUCAUAAGAGUACCGUGCAACAACUGCAGAGGAUCCAAAUCCAUUUUUGCGCACCUUGGCUCCAAAGCUUUAGGUUUGUGAAGGAAAACUUGGGAGUAAAGUAAUAGCAAUGGAUAUGAAUAAGAAGAACUGGUUUGGUUCAAGAAGAGAAACACGGUUAGGUAGGAGCUAUACAAAGCCUCACAAUCAUAGCAAUAUUUCACCAAGCAACUAUGAUGGAAGCAAAAAAACAGUGUGGCAGAAGCUUUGGAGAAAGCUGAAAAGAGAUAAGAAGAAAGUCUUCGAUUCUCCUUAUUCUUCUGGUUCCUUAGUUGAUGACGGUGCAUAUGAUGAAGAAACAUAUUCAAUGAACUUUGAUCAAGGAACAGGGUGGAUGGAAGCAGAUAAUCUUCCUCGUUCAUUCUCAGCUCGGUAUGCUGAUCCAUCUUGGAUCUUACCACCUAAAUAUUUAGUGGGUCGAUGAAGAUCAGAAAUUAUGAAGCACGAACAACGAACAUGACACAAACACGUUUUGAAAAAAUAACACAAUUUAAUGUAAUUACUACAAGUGUUGAUAGUCAACAUUGACGCGCGUCCGGCAUCAGGACAUACCUAAUUUGAAGAGUGUUUGUGCUUCAUAAACAGGUCUUUUUUUCUCUUCUUGAUUUCAGAGUCCAUUUUUCUACCUCUUCCCCACAUUUUUAUCUUUGACUUUGAGUAUUGAGAUGUGAUCACAUUUAUAGCUAUGGAUAAAUAUUUGUACUAGUGUUUUGGAUAAAAAUUUGAAUCAA